UGCUGCCUCUUCUCCAGGCUCUAUACGCACAGUACAGAGCUGAGCUGUGGGUGUGGGGUCUCCCACUGAGAGUGUUACUGCUGCAUCACUGAGCUGCUGCCUCUUCUCCAGGCUCUAUACUCACAGUACAGAGCUGAGCUGUGGGUGUGGAGUCUCCCACUGUGGGUUAUAAUGGUUUCUAUAUCUUGUGAGGGGUGUUUUUAUUUAAGAUGAGUCCAUUCACAAGCUCAGACUGCAGCAGGUGUGUCUUUUUCAAUGAGAUGUUCCCUUCACUCCCGAUAUUGACAGUUUGGAGGGAGGAGAAGGCAGGGUGGUGUCCUCUGAACAAGUCUGGGCACCAGCAGCUGCUGUCUGACUGCGAUGCCUUACAUUUCUCUUGUGGGGCAGAGAAACAGGUUCACCUGUAGAGACUCACCUGGAUCACAACAAGACUAGGGUCUGAGCUAUAUUCACAGCAUCCUGACAGAUGGACAAGUCCUCUACAGUCCUGGACCCUGGUCCGGGAGUCCAGGCUGCAGGGACAGAGGAGGGACGGGCUGUUUCCCACGAGGCCCAGCGGCUCUCGGAGCUGAGGAUCGUGCUGCUGGGGGAGAGAGUAGCUGGGAAGAGCUCAGCAGGAAACACCAUCCUGGGCAGGAAGGAGUUUGUGAGCUGCAGAGGAACGGAGCAGAGCGUGAGGAGACAGGGGGAGGUGGCAGGGCGACAGGUCACUGUGGUCGACACCCCAGGCUGGUAUAUUGUAGAGGAGGUGCAACAGCAGGUUGGACAGGAGGUCGUGCGCAGUGCGUCUCUCUGUCCCCCGGGACCCCACGCCAUCCUCCUGGUCACUCCUCUCGGCUCGGUCACCGACAGGACCUCAGCGAAGGAGCACCUGGAGCUCCUGGGCGAGACAGCGUGGAGACACACCACGCUGCUGCUGUUCACCUGGGGGGACAGGCUGGGAGACACAGCCCUGGAGCAGCACAUCCAGACCGGAGGGCAGGACCUGCAGUGGCUCCUGCAGAAAUGUGGGAACAGGUAUCAUGUUCUCAACAACCAGAACAGGCAGGACAGCACUCAGGUCACUGAGCUGCUGGAGAAGAUCGAGCAGCUGCUGGCGGAGAACAGCGGAGAGGUCUUCCUGAAUGAGGAGGUUCAUCAGGAGGUGGAGAGGAUGAGGCGCCGCAGUGGAGAUGAUCAGGAGGAUGAUGAAGGCACUGAAGCCGCAGGAGAAAGAGGAAGAGAACCCGGAUCUGCCUGUCAGGAGGAGCAACAGCAGGGAUGAGCACCUUUUCCGCACCAACACACUUGUGUGGAGCUGAGGUUCCGGGGAGAAGCCUUGAGAGACUCCAGUGAGAGGAGAACAGGAUUUGGGCUGUAAAAACGUUGCUAUGUGUUCACUCAGCUGUCCGCUGGACUGGCUGCAUUCACCUGCCUUAUCUAGAACAGCUGUGGCGCCAGGGAAUUGUAAUAAAAUCAUUUCCCACUCUUA